ACAGCAGCAGUCGUGAAUUAUUAACCCGUGGUUCUUAAAGCUUGCCCACCUGUACAUUACCUAUAAUGAGCUGUACGUAGAUACUCAUUAUAAAUUCAUACCAAGCCAGCGAGUGACCAGUGCAGCAGAGUACCUAUACACUGACCACUUAUAUACAUGUCUGACGUCGUGAGUGAACAGCAGUACGUUCUCGGACAGAAAUCGCCCAGCACGGACGAUAAGACAGAAAACAGGAUGAAAGGAGAGCAACGUAACGGCUACCAGCACAGACCCGAAUCGCCCGGCAGUGACAGUGAUGGUUACAUCCAACAGCCUACGAUUCGAAAUCAAUCGAACACCAAACAGGCUCCCGUGCGCCGUUCCCAGCCACAACCCUACGCCAGCGCGCGCUACGAGAGGUAUGAGGGGGACCCGCCAACACUACAAGACCGCGAGAUGAAAGGACGCGCCAAUCUCGUCAAGUUCUUUAAAGAUGACGACCGUCUACACAGGGGCGUGACCGUCUCCAUCAACGACCGCCAGUUCAAGUCGAUAGAAAGUCUGUGUGAAUAUCUCAACAAGAAAAUCGACACCAAAAUGGGGGUCCGACACAUUUUCAAUCUCAAAACCAAGAAAGAAGUGAAGUCUGUCAAGGAGCUGGAGCGAGGUGACAUCUGCAUCGUGUCGAGUUCCCAGCGUUUCAAGAAAGAUGUGAUAAUGUAUAACUUGUUGAUGGACCAGCCAAUCAGUCCCACCAAGAGCCUCACUACCAACAGUCACAGGUCGUCACGUGAGCAGGGCCGAGCCACUCACGAGCGUGCGCAGUUCAACGACUCCAGGACUUCAAACUCCACGGCAACCAACAAGCAAGUCACCUUCACCAUUAUCAGUAACACGGACCGCUACAGCAAGGAGAAAAUGAUCCUGAAUCCUAACACAACACAGCCGUUCGAACGGAUCCUCGAAGAUAUGGGGACCAUGCUCCAGCUUAAGUACCCGCCAGCAACCGGCAUCUUCUCCUCCAGAAAACCCUAUCAACAGAUUUACAGCUUCUCACAGCUCAACAGAGAGGUCAAGGUUAACGACUGUUUGUUCGUGUGCGGGAAGGAGAGAUAUCCGGAAGAGCUUGGAGUAACUGAUACUAACGAAGAAAGCUUUUCGGAACAAGAACCAGAAUCGGAACCUGUAAGAAAAAGUAAGAAGGGACCACCCGUAAACAAAAUAACGCCUCUAAAACGACGGAACGAGCCAUCCACCGACUUGAAUCAGAAAGAAAACGUCAGUCCUCCACGCGGUAGAGCGGGAAAGGAACCAAAGAAAGCGAACAAGACACCAAUAUACGAAGCUGAGCCACGCCGACAGCCGACCAAGGGAAACAAGACGUCUCGCUACGAGGAGGAUAACGAGUACUCUAAUCAAUCGAGGUACGGGGGAGAUGAAAGCAAGAAGCCAGCAAGAACAUCAAGGCAGCAAGAUCAACCGCAGCCGAGAAAGCCGAACAAGUCAUCGCCGCGAUACGAGGAGGACGAACAGCGGAAACCUAACAAGAACUUUCAGCAACAGAAGCAGCAGCCAGAACAUGGACGACCGAACGGACACACUAGGUUCGAGGACGAGGAAGACGAGUUUGACCGGUCACGUGGGAGCGAUCUGAAAGACGACGGUGUGGAGAGGGAGCAGAACGGUGAACCCAGCAGUGAGGAGGAGGAUGACGAGGAUGAUGAGACGCCAUAUCCGCAAACGUCACGCACCAGAAAGCAAGAAAGGAUGGAGACGCCAGAGUACUGAUUUCAAUGACGUCACUUCUAUUGUAACGAUAUCAUAGCCAGCUUAAUUUCUCAUUAUGUCACAAUAAAAUGCGUUUUUAUAUCGUGACGUCAAAAUCAAAUGAUCUAUAUAAAUACGUUUUGAUUCGUCGUUUGGCCAGUUGUAUAGUGCCCGGAUGUUAUAACGCCAUGCAUUGAUGUGAUACAGUCGCACCCUGGGGACGUAUCCAGACUUUCUUAGGCUAUAUUCUAGAACUGUUAUUUGGAAAGGACAACCUGAAAUAACAUCGAUAUGCAGAAUUUCUAAUCAAAUGCGACGAUGUCUUCUUAUUGCUACCAAUAUCCCGGAGACCGAUACUGUAUUUGUUUCUAGUUUAAUCUUUGUUUUUUGGCGUUCAAUUGGCUAGAAGAGAAGCUCGUCUAUCAAAAUAGAACUCCAACAUUUAAACAAUGGAAAUAAAUCGUGUUUUCCUGAAGCGUAUUCAAUUUCUCGGGGUUAAUCAUUAAGAGUCAUUUGAAAUUCAGUCUCGUAACUAAAAACGUGUAUGUUUUAGCUUUCUUUGUUGAGAUUCAAUCUUUCUUCACGACCUAUCAUCAUGGAAAAAAAUAAACCUCAACAGAAGGUAAAAGCACGUUAAUUAAACAGGUGAGCGCAUAACUCCUCACGGGAUGUUUUCGUAGAAAAAAUACUUUAAUAAUGUUUAAAAUACACAUGGAUUGUCGUCGUUGGUGACCUUUAUAAAUAGUUUCGUUCCCGGGAGGAGUUAGAAUGCGUUACUUGUAUUCAUGGUUCAAUCAUGUUAAUUAUGACGUCAUUGCUAUUAUGAUGUCAUAUCUUGGCAUCACGAGUGGAUAAUGACAAAAAAACUGCUAACGUUUGUGAUCACAGUAUAUAUAAAAAAUAUACACAGGAUAUGUAAAUAGUUUAUUUAUUUAUUUGAUCUAUUUUAUUUUCCAAUUCUGUAAUAUAAGCAAACAUUCACAGAAAAUUUUACGAUUAAUUAAUUUCAUUAUUUUUUGCUCAAUCGGGAAACGUCGGCAUUUUCCGUAAACGAGUAUUUUCUUGUUUACGGAGAGUGCCGACGGUGUCCGAUUGAUUUCAUGCUAAGAAACGGAAAGUAUCUGGUCUAAUUGUUGUAAUCUUUGUGGUGAAAAAUAUUUGUGUGUUAUUAAGUUAUCGCUGUUUGUCGUUGAUAUCAUACCGUUAUGUAACUAUGGAGAUUGUAUAAAAAGUCCUAUCGUCAUUGUUAUUUUUAUGAUGUUAUAUACCAAUUAAACGUUUAAUACAGA